UUCGGUUUCAGUUCGGUUCAUAGGAACACUAUAUGUUGUAGUUAAUAUAAAUGUUACCAACCACGAUAGUAGCAAUGAUGAGAGUUUAACUAGUAUAGUUGACAAAAAUAUUACUAGCCAUGAUAGUAAGUCUUGUCAUUGUGGUGUUUGUGGCCAAGUAGACCAUAAUUCGCGUACAUAUAGCAUGGAUAGAUUAAACAAUCAUGGGAACAAUGAUGUUGAGAGUGCAACAAGUAUUG